AUGCCAACCCUCCUCAGUAACCUGACUGGAGGGUCUGGGUGGCUGGUUGACCCCACAGGUGACCCGAACCUCACAGCAGUCCAGACUGGGGUCCCCCUGGCCCCGAUCUGCACGUUGUGCUGCUGCGGCCUGCUAAACCGCACUCUGGCCGUGGUCUUCAUGGUCAGCCUGGCGCUUGCUAUCAUCCUCGGCAACGUUGUCACGCUCGUCGUCUUCCUACAGACCCGACUGUUCCGCACACCACAAGGAUACCUCAAAAUGUCUCUGGCACUGGCAGACAUGAUGGUUGGAGUGCUGGUGGCGCCCUUCUCCAUCUACACAGAGAUCAUGCUGAUGGUGACCAGCUCUCUGCCGGCAUGGUACCAGGGGAGUCGGGGUGUCUUCUCUGGGGGCCUGCGGGGGCCCUGGCAGCCCUGCAAGCUGAUUGGGCCUGUGUUUGCUGGUUGUACCUUCGUGUCCAUCAGCACCAUCUUUCUAAUGACUGUGGAGCGCAGCGUGGCCAUCCUCAAGCCGCUGCACAAGGACGUUGUGGUAACACGCCACCGCACCCUGGUCCUCAUCACCCUCUCCUGGGCAGCCAGCUUCCUGCUGGCCAUGGCCCCUCUGAUCCUCAGUGACGCCUUCACCCUGGAAUACAACGAGUGCAGCCGCAUGUGCAACUAUGCCCCCUUGUGGAAAAACGGACUGCCACCGCCAAAUGGGAAUAUUAUGCUGCUUUUCCCCGUUUUUGACUUCACCUUGCUGGGGGCGACCCUGGUCAUCAACAUCCUCUCGUUCUCCAGCAUCAGACGAUACUCCCGCAAGCGCAAGCUGCUUGCGGAAGGGGGCUCAAGGGGGGACAUUCACAAUGGGUGCACGCACAGACCCUCGUUCUCGGACAUCAAAGCGGCCAAGACAAUUGGCAUCCUGACAUUUGCUUUCACUGCCUCCUUCACCCCCAUCGCCGCUUUCGUGUUGGGCAACGUGGUGGGAUACCAGUGGUGCAACUUCUCCUUCUUUGCCUUCUGGAUCCUGACCUCAAGCAGCUGCUGCAACGUCAUCAUCUACAGCGUGCGGGACCAGCGAUUCCGCAAAGGCGUGACGCUGCUCUUCCGCAGAGGCCCUGCCCCCCCCCUCGGGGGAGAAGAGUUGAAACUCCCAGGGGGCUUUCAAGGGCUCCCUGCAAAAAGCAUUCAGGGGUAG